UUGACCUGUCACUGCCUUCUCCAUGUCUGAUGUCUCCUUCCCUUCCCUUCCCUUCCCUUCUCUUCUCUUCUCUUAUAAAACCCAACCCUUCCCUUUCCAAUAUUUCUAUUAACCCAAACAAGAGAAGACAAGGAAUCAAGAAAUGGCAAAGCAGGGUUUAGGGCUUGAAAUUACAGAGCUGAGGUUGGGUCUUCCUGGUGAUAAUGGUAAUGGUCCUUCUAGGGACAACAAGAAUGAGAAUAAGAAGAGGGUUUUCUCUGAGAUCUCCGCCGCGGCGGAUGAUCAGAACAGCUCAAGCAGAGGUGACCACCACCGGAAAAAUCAGAACAACAACAACAACAACAAGACUCAAAUUGUAGGGUGGCCACCGGUUUGUUCUUACCGGAAAAAGAACAAUGCUGCUGCUCAGGCUGAUACAGCUAAACUGUACGUGAAAGUUAGUAUGGAUGGAGCACCUUUUCUUCGCAAAAUAGAUUUGAAGACUCAUAAAGGGUACUCUGAUCUUGGCGUUGGCUUUGAAGAGCUCUUUGGUUGCUACCGCAUCGCAGGUGGCUUGUGGAAGGAUUCAGACAGUUCGGAAUAUAUUCCCAUUUAUGAAGACAAAGAUGGAGACUGGAUGCUCGUUGGGGAUGUUCCUUGGGAGAUGUUUACUGAGUCAUGCAAAAGGUUGAGGAUAAUGAAGAGAUCGGAUGCCACAGGUUUUGGAUUGCAGUCAAAACCAGUCACCAAUGCAGAAACACAAAUUAAAUGAUCUGAAAAUUUUGAUUAAUUAGUAGUUGUCUAAGCUUUUUUUGUUGUGUUCUUAUUAUUUACUAGUGUUGAUAUGUGUUUAAGGCUUUAAGCAGGACAAAACCUUUUUUUCCUUUUUUCUUCUAAUGAAGAAAAUUAAAUGUAUUACAGACCCAAGUGUGGGGGAGGUCAUUUCUCUUUUACUUCUCAUCUUACAUCUUCAACUUUAAGCCAUGUUUAUCUUCAA